AUGGCUAGUCAGGUCCAGCCGGUUCAUUACGAUCCAGCGACAAUCAAAGAGCUUACGCGAGAGCUUUUGGUAGCAGCAGGAAUUGGUGCAGCUAAAGGUGCGUUAAUUGGUGUUACGUCUGCGUUCUUGCUUCGUCGCUUUUCUACUGUGUACCGCAAUGUACGGACUCCAGUGCGUGUUUUCUACCACUCGGCCUGGAUCUCAAUGGGUGCAGUUUUCCAUGCAGACAAGCAGUUGAUUAAGUUCCAGAAUAAGUACUACGAACGAGAAAUUGCUCGCAGAUCCAGGAUCCUGGACGAGGCGGCCGAUCGAGGAAUUUUCCUGGAAGAAGAGUCUAUCGUCAGCAGCACGACUUAG